AUGUCUUCCUCCCCAGAAAUCAUCCUCUACACAAACCACCGGUGUCCUUGGGCCCACCGCGCCCACAUCGCCCUCGCCGAGCUCAACAUCCCCUUCAAAGAAGAGAUCGUCGACCUCGACAAGCCCCGCACCGAGGCCUACCUCAAGAUCAACCCCCGCGGCCUCGUCCCUUCGCUCUCGUACGACGGCGAAAUCAUCGCCGAAUCCGCCAUCGUCGCCCAGUUCCUCGCCGACGCUCACCCCUCCUCCCACCUGCUCCCGCCGUCGAACACCGCGGAGGGCGCCGUCCGCCGCGCACGCGUUAACUUCUUCACCGACGCCUUCUUCUCCAAGGUCCACCCGGCCUACUUCAAGUCCGUGACGGCCAAGACGGACGAGGAGGUCGAGGAGGCGGGCCGCGCUACCGUUGAUGCCGUUGUCAAGGAGAUUGAGCCGCUGCUCGCCGAUGCGGCGCCCUAUUUCGGGGGCAGCGAGAAGCCCACUUUGGCAGAGGUUCUCACCGGCUCGUGGCUCAUCCGCCUGUUUACCUUUGCCAAGUACGGCUAUCUGCCCAAGACUUUGACCACCGAGCUGUCGGAGCGGGCACCAAACUUUACCAAGUGGGCUGAUGCUGUCGUUAAGACGCCGAGCGUCAAUGCUAUCUAUGAUGAAGAAAACUUUGUUCGUGUUUUGGAGGAGAGGACCGGCAAGACUAGGAGCAGCUGA